AUGAGUAAAGAAUCAGAUUGGAUGAAAGAAAAAAUUGAAGAAGAAACUGAGAAAGAAACUGAAGAAGAAACUAAAGAAGAGACAGAGAAAGAAACAAAUAAUAGCAUUAAUAGACCAAAUAUUACUAAUAUUAUUAAUUUGGUCAAAAAUACAAUUUAUAAUACUCUCUGUAAUUAUUUUAAUUCUCUAUCAAAUUCAGUCUUAUUUGUGAGUAUUUUAGACCCUAGAGAACUUUUAAAUAAUAGCCAAGAGUCUAGCAAUAAAAAUAGAUAUCAUUUUAAAGGGCAUAAAGAAAAACCAAAUAACAAUUUUAAAUUACAUCUGUUUAAAAAAAACAAAAAGAUUAAUGAGAAUGAAGUUGAUAUUAUCUUGACAGAUUUCUGA